AUGUCUUACACCGCAGCUUCUCACACCCCUGCCAAAGUCCCGUUGGCUGGGCUGGUGAUAAGUGCGAUUCUGUCGGCCACUGCCUUAAUCGUCUUGUUGAUAUGCAUGGCGAGGAGGGUGAUAAGUUUGAGAGGGCAGGAUCUGAGUAGGGUGCCGAUGGUACGAUGGCUGUUGUUCGCGAUAUACCUGGACUCUUUCAUGUUCAUCAUCGCGUCGAUGAUCUUGACUUGGGGAUUGGGACUCAAUAAGACACUUGAGAUAUGUGCUUCUGCAAUUUAUCUGUGUCUGGCAUGUUAUAUGAGCACUAAGCUCAUAUAUUAUUUCCUUGUUGAGAAAGUUCACAUCGUUCGAAGUGUUGGAAAAAGCCGUUUGAGGUCGAAACUUUAUGCUUUCAACUGCUUUGGAAUGCUUGUACCAUAUACUGUGCUAGUCAUUAUGAACUUUGUUUACAAAAUCGCCUAUUUCGAUUCUAACGGAACAUGCAUUAUUGGCAUGGAGUUGAAAGUACUCAUGCCAUUAAUCAUCUUCGAUGCUUGCAUCAACUUUUUCCUUACGAUUCUUUUCAUUAUUCCACUCAGAAGUCUUUAUUCAUAUAAGAAGGCCGAUUCCAGACUCAAGACAGUCGCAUUACGUUCAUUUGUUGGGAGUUGUUGUACCUUGGCUUCGAGUAUUGCCAACUUGACCGUUCUUAUGGUCCUCAGGGGAGAAGCCUCCUGGAUCUGUCUGAUGUGUUGUAAUGCGGAUACUAUCUUUUCAGUCCUCAUGCUCCACUGGGUCACAUCCAAGGAUUCCGCCACGAACAGCAGUCGCGACCCUAACAGUCACAACGACGGCACCAAUAAUAACAAGAGUCAAACCUACCGCAGUAAGAUUGCCCGAUUUGCCCGUCCAGGAAAGGAAGAGGAGCAGGCAGAAUGGGAAUGGCAGUUGGGCGUCACAACGACCAAGAUCGAGGUCGGCAACAAAGAUGGACACGACACGGACAUGGAAGACGGCGACCACAAAGGUGGAAUCAACGUCCGAGUCGGCCAUUCUGUCGUCGUCGAAACAGAUUUGGGCAGUAGCGCGCACACACCACCGUCGCCCAGGAGUACAGCCACGCAGAAAACCGAGUACGAAGAGGGAGCACACAUCGGUAAUGGUCUCGGUCGAGUAUCGGGCCAUGUGAGCACGGAAGACUUGGUGAAAAAAGACGUCAAGUUCUUGGUUUAA